AUGCAAAAUGAAAUGAAAUUUCUGCGUGGGCUCAUUGUCGGUGCCGGUUCCAGCACUUCCACGCCCAUGCUGAGCUGCAUCGCCACUGGCAGCCCGUGCCCCACCUGCGCGGAGGCGCUCGAGCGGCCGCGGAGCAGCAGGAACCACCGCCUCAACCCAUCCUUCCUCCUACAGAUGAGACACCCGACCGAUGGCACAGUCCACAACAUCCUCAUCGACUGCGGUAAGACGUUCCGUGAGUCAGCCAUCAAAGUCUUAUCCACCGUCGGCGUCGCCGACCUCAGUGCAUUGCUGCUUACACACGACCACGCUGAUGCCGCAUUCGGCAUCGAUGACCUGCGGGAUUACAACCGCCCCGACACCGCACUCGAGGUGUUCACUGAUGAGCGAACCGCCGUGUCGAUGCAGCGCACGUACCCAUACUUGUUCCCAAAGGACGGCCCCGCAGUGGUUGGCGCGUGGCGUAAGAAUAAGACGAACUACGUGGCUUCAAUAAAGUGGAUUACUUUUGAACCGCUGCAGAAAGUUACAAUCAACGUGCGCGCCCGUGUGACACCGACCACGGAGGAGGAGGCGGCGGUAGCAACCUGGUCACUUGUGCCCAUUGCUGUUCCGCACGGCGUGAACUACUGCGCGAACGCCUUUCUCAUGCCGCUGCACAUGCCGGGUGAGCACCCGCGUCUACUGUUGUAUGUAUCUGACAUCAGUACGCUCGAGGAGAGGUUCUUUACUGACGUCGCGAAAGCCAAGGAGAUUUUGGGCGUCCCGGUGUCGACACCUAUUGAGGUGCUUCUGCUUGAUAUGGUGUCACGCAACCCGUACGUCUCUCAUCUACACGUCGAUGCCUCUAUCGAGGCGGCGCGUAGGAUUCAGGCAGGCAUGACGUACUUUGUGGGCAUGUCGCAUUCAUUGAACUACGGGGCUAUGACACAGGAGCUGCGAAGUCUAGGAGUGGGUGAUCGGAUGGCAAUGGGCUACGACGGAUGCGUCGUUGCGGUCGGCAAGGACACUUCUGCGCAGCUCUGA